AUGGGGAUCAUCGAGCAUGUGUUGUUGUUUAACGUCAAAGACGAUGUUGCGCCGUCGGAGGCAGAGACCAUGGUGAAGCGAAUCGAUUCCCUAGCCUCCCUGGAACAGCUUCUUCACCUCACAGUGGGGCCGCUGUUACGCAUCCGAACCUCCACCCCGUUCAAUUUCACUCACUUCUACCACACGCGUUUCAACUCCAAACACGAUCUUCACGCCUACGUGGCGCACCCAGCCCAUCUGGCGGUCGUCGAUGCCAACGCGUCCUUGGUCGACGACCUCAUGGCACUUGAUUGGGUUGCCGAGGUUCCCGGCGGCGCUGUGACGCCGCCGGGCUCCGCCCUGCGGGUGACGUUCUUGAAGUUGAAGGAGGGCGUUGGAGAUGACGUUAAAGAGGAGGUUGUGAGGGCUGUAAGAGAAAUUCAGUGUGAGUUGAAACAGGCUAUUCAGCUGACUUGCGGGGAAAAUUUCUCAGCCGGAAGAUCCAAAGGGUUCUCCAUUGCUUCCCUUGAAGUGUUUCCUGGAUUAAGUGAACUAGAGGCAGCGGAUUCUGAUGAAGAACUAGGGUUGUAUCAGAAAAACGAAUCGAUAAAGAAACAUCUCCAGAGUGAGAUGGUGCUUUAUUAUGUGGUGCCAUCCUGCACAACUCAGUCACCAGCUUAA